CUGAAACAGCUUUAUUCAUCUACCUAUAAGAGAAACAUGCAAUCACAGCAUACAGAAGGACAUCCCCCAUUAAUGGUUAGUAUUUUAUGAACAUCCAUUAGCGUGUACAGUAUUACACUUGACAUUUCCUUACCUGAGCAUUGGUUAGCAUGUACAGUGUUACACUUGGUAUUUCCUUACCUGAGCAUUGGUUAACAUGUGCGGUGUUAACUUGAGAUUUACUUACCUGAGCAUUGAUAAGUGUGUACAGUGUUAUACUUGAUAUUACCAUACCUGGCUGUUGGUUAACUUGUCUAGUGUUACAUUUGUGAUUCAGUUACUUGAGAAUUGGAUAGCGUGUACAGUGUUACACUUGAAAAUCCCUUACCUGAGCAUUGGUUAGCAUGUACAGUGUUAUACUUGAGAUUCCUUUACCUGAGCAUUGGUUAGCAUGUACAGUGUUAUACUUGAGAUUCCUUUACCUGAGCAUUGGUUAGCAUGUACAGUGUUAUACUUGAGAUUCCUUUACCUGAGCAUUGGUUAGCAUGUACAGUGUUAUACUUGAUAUUACCAUACCUGGCUGUUGGUUAGCUUGUCCAGUAUUACAUUUGUGAUUCAGUUACCUGAGCAUUGGGUACAUGUACAGUGUUACACUUGAGAUUCUCUUACCUGAGCAUUGUUUAUUGUAUACAGUGUUACAUUUGAGAUUCCUUUACCAGAUCUUGGUUUGGGUGUACAAUGUUACAAUGAGGUUGCCUUUCCUGAUCAUUUGAUAGCAUGUACAGUGUUACACUUGAGAUUUCCUUACAUGAGCUCUAGGUAGCAUAUACAGUGUUACAUUGUGAAUCUCUUACCUGAGUGCUCUUAGCAUGUACAGUGUUAUAAUUGAGAUUUUCUUACCUGAGCAUUGUUUAUCGUGUACAGUGUUACAUUUGAGAUUCCCUUACCUGAGCCUUGGUUAGCAUGUACGGUGUUACACUUGAGAUUUCUUUUCUUAGCAUUGGUUCCUGAGUACAGUGUAAAAUGUGAGAUUCCCUUACCUGGGCAUUGGUUAGCACGUACAGUGUUACACUUGAGAUACCCUUAACUGAACAUUUUUUAGUGUGUCCUGUUUUACACUUGAGAUUCCCUGACUUGAGCAUUGGUUAGCAUUACAGUGUUACACUGGAGAUUUUUUUUUUUACCUGAGCAUUGCUUAACAUGUACAGUAUUACACUUGAGAUUCCCUUACUUGAACAUUGGUUAGUAUGUACAGUGUUACUCUUGAAAUUCCCUACCAUAAGCAUUGCAUGUAUAGUGUUAUACUUGUGAUUACCUUACCUGUUCAUUUGUUAAUGUGUACAUUGCUAUACUUGGAAUUCCCUUACCUAAGCAUUGUUUAGCAUGUAUAGUGUUAUUCUUGUUAUUCACUUACCUGAGCAUUCUUUAUCGUGUACAGUGUUAUAAUUGAGAUUCUCAUACCUGAGCCUUUAUUAGCAAGUACAGUGGCCCAUUGCAAAUGUCUUAUCUGAGCAUUGUUUAGCAUGUACAGUGUACCCUUGAGAUUUCCUUAUCUGAACAAUAAUUAUCAUGUACAGUGUUACUCUUGAGUUUGCCUUACCUGAGCAUUGGUUAGCAUGCACUGUGUUAUAUGUUACACUUUAGAUUUCCUUUCCUGAGUAUUCAUUAGCAUGUACAAUGUUACACAAGAACAGUGUUUGUUAGGCACUAAGGGAAGAUUUCCUGUCCUCAGCUUGCGGUGUAUCCUGUCUGAAGAGGUCUGGAGAAAGGCAGCCUUGUUUGCACUCCAGAAACUCUUUGAAGAGAAGUAUGCUCCUCCCCGGCCUAUCUUUAUUUCUGGGACCAUUGUUGAUAAAAGUGGACGGACUCUUUCUGGCCAAACAGGAGAGGCAUUUGUCAUAAGCGUGUCUCAUUCAGACCCGUUGUGCAUUGGAUUAAAUUGUGCCCUGGGUGCAGCUGAAAUGAGGCCUUUCAUUGAAACAAUUGGAAAAUGUACAACAGCCUAUGUCCUCUGUUACCCAAAUGCAGGUCUUCCCAAUACUUUUGGUGACUAUGAUGAAACACCAUCCAUGAUGGCCAAUCACCUAAAGGACUUUGCUAUGGAUGGCUUGGUGAAUAUAGUUGGUGGCUGCUGUGGUUCCACACCCGAUCACAUCAGGGAAAUUGCUGAAGCUGUGAAAAAUUGUAAGCCUAGAGUUCCACCUGCUAGUGUUUUUGAAGGACAUAUGUUGCUAUCUGGUCUAGAGCCCUUUAGGAUUGGACCAUACACCAACUUUGUUAACAUCGGAGAGCGCUGUAACGUGGCGGGAUCCAAGAAGUUUGCUAAACUCAUCAUGGCAGGAAACUAUGAUGAAGCCCUGAGCAUUGCCAAAGUACAAGUGGAAAUGGGAGCUCAGGUGCUGGAUAUCAACAUGGAUGAUGGCAUGCUGGAUGGUCCCAGUGCAAUGACCAGAUUUUGCAACUUUAUUGCCUCUGAGCCUGACAUCGCCAAGGUGCCACUGUGCAUCGACUCUUCUAAUUUUGCUGUGGUUGAAGCUGGCCUGAAGUGCUGCCAAGGGAAGUGCAUAGUCAAUAGCAUCAGCCUGAAGGAGGGGGCGGAGGACUUCUUGGAGAAGGCCAGGAAGAUUAAGAAGUUUGGAGCUGCUGUGGUGGUUAUGGCUUUUGAUGAGGAAGGGCAGGCAACAGAAACAGAUGUUAAAAUCAGUGUGUGUACCCGAGCCUACCAUUUACUUGUGGAAAAACUGGGCUUCAAUCCAAAUGACAUCAUCUUUGACCCCAACAUUCUUACCAUUGGUACUGGAAUGGAAGAACAUAACUUGUAUGCUAUCAAUUUUAUUCAUGCAACAAGAAUCAUUAAAGAAACAUUACCAGGAGUCAGAAUAAGUGGAGGUCUUUCUAACUUGUCCUUCUCCUUCCGAGGGAUGGAAGCCAUUCGAGAAGCAAUGCACGGUGUUUUCCUUUACCAUGCAAUCAAGUUUGGUAUGGACAUGGGGAUAGUCAAUGCAGGCAACCUCCCUGUGUAUGAUGAUAUCCAAAAGGACCUUCUUCAGCUCUGUGAAGACCUCAUCUGGAACAAAGACUCUGAGGCUACUGAGAAACUCUUACGAUAUGCCCAGACUCAUGGCAAAGGAGGGAAGAAAGUCAUCCAGACAGAUGAGUGGAGGAAUGGUUCCAUUGAAGAGCGUCUUGAGUAUGCUCUCGUGAAGGGCAUUGAAAAGUAUGUUGUUGAAGAUACUGAAGAAGCCAGGUUAAACCAGGAAAAAUACCCUCGACCUCUGAAUAUAAUUGAAGGGCCUCUAAUGAAUGGCAUGAAAGUGGUUGGUGAUCUUUUCGGAGCUGGAAAGAUGUUUCUACCUCAGGUUAUAAAGUCAGCCCGUGUCAUGAAGAAGGCUGUUGGACACCUUAUCCCUUUCAUGGAAAAAGAAAGAGAAGAAGCUAGAGUGCUCAAUGGCUCUGUUGAAGAAGAGGACCCUUACCAAGGCACCAUUGUGUUGGCCACUGUUAAAGGUGAUGUGCAUGACAUAGGCAAGAACAUAGUUGGUGUGGUGCUGGGAUGCAAUAAUUUCAGAGUUAUUGAUUUAGGAGUCAUGACUCCGUGUGAUAAGAUACUUCAAGCAGCUCUGGACCACAAAGCAGACAUAAUUGGCUUGUCAGGACUCAUCACUCCAUCCCUGGAUGAAAUGAUUUUUGUUGCCAAGGAAAUGGAGAGGUUGGCUAUAAAGAUUCCGUUGUUGAUAGGAGGAGCAACCACGUCAAGAACCCACACAGCAGUUAAAAUAGCACCACGAUACAGUGCCCCUGUAAUCCAUGUCCUGGAUGCAUCCAAGAGUGUGGUGGUGUGUUCUCAGCUGUUAGAUGAAAAUCUGAAAGAUGACUACAUUGAAGAAAUACUAGAAGAAUAUGAAGAUAUUAGACAGGACCACUAUGAGUCUCUCAAGGAGAGAAAAUACUUACCCCUAAGUCAAGCCAGAAAAAAUGGUUUCCACAUUGAUUGGCUGUCUGAACCUCACCCAGUGAAGCCCACAUUUAUUGGGACCCAGGUCUUUGAAGACUAUAACCUGCAAAAGCUGGUAGACUACAUUGACUGGAAACCUUUCUUUGAUGUCUGGCAGCUCCGUGGCAAGUAUCCAAAUCGAGGCUUCCCCAAGAUAUUUAACGACAAAACAGUAGGUAAAGAAGCCAGAAAGGUAUAUGAUGAUGCUCAGAAUAUGUUGAAUAUACUGAUAAGUCAAAAGAAACUCCAGGCCAGGGGCGUGGUUGGAUUCUGGCCAGCACAGAGUGUCCAAGAUGAUAUCCACUUAUAUGCAGAGGAUGUGGUGCCCCAGGCUUCGGAGCCCAUAGCCACCUUCUAUGGGCUGCGGCAGCAGGCUGAGAAGGACUCUUCCAGUACAGACCCCUACCACUGCCUCUCAGACUUCAUUGCUCCACUGCAUUCUGGUGUCCGAGACUACUUGGGUCUGUUUGCUGUUGCCUGCUUUGGGGUUGAAGAACUGAGUAAGGCCUACGAGGAUGAUGGCGAUGACUACAGCAGCAUCAUGGUGAAGGCACUGGGGGACCGGCUGGCAGAGGCCUUUGCAGAGGAGCUCCAUGAGAGAGUUCGCCGAGAACUGUGGGCCUACUGUAGUAGUGAGCUGUUGGGUGUCACAGACUUGCGAAAACUCCGGUAUGAGGGCAUCCGGCCAGCUCCUGGUUACCCCAGCCAGCCUGACCAUACUGAGAAGCUCACCAUGUGGAGACUGGCCAACAUUGAGCAGGCCACAGGCAUCAGGUUGACAGAAUCCUUGGCAAUGGCACCUGCUUCAGCAGUAUCGGGUCUCUACUUCUCCAAUGUAAAGUCCAAAUAUUUUGCUGUGGGGAAAGUUUCCAAGGAUCAGAUUGAGGAUUAUGCUUUGAGGAAGAACAUGCUGGUGGCUGAGGUGGAGAGAUGGCUUGGCCCCAUUCUGGGAUAUGAUACAGACUGACUUUUUUCUCUCUUACACACUCCUUUUCUUCUUUUUCUUUUUUCCUUUAAAACCUUUAUGUUUGCUGACCUCAAGGGGGUACAAUCCAGAGUGCCUUAGAAAUAACAAUAGAAAGCAUCUGUAUGUGUGCCUGGCCUUCCCCACUGUCUGUGUUGGAAGGCUGGUUGGUGGCAUGUGAUGUGGAGCAGGUCUUCUGGGUUCCUAGAAAAUAGUGCUUUUUCAGAGCAACAAGGUGCCGAGGCUUAUGUUGUUCCUGGGUCUUUAGGAUUGGAACAAGCAGAAGACAUCUUUUGCAUUCUAAAGCAACUCAACUAGCUUUUUCCUAUUUUUGCCUUUGACCUAGGAGGGUACUUGUUCCUGAUUUUUGUUGUUAUUUGUUUAGUUUUAUUGUUUUUGUCACAUUAAAAAAAAAGUCUUGUAAAUAAGUUGAAUAGGGGAAUGUAUAGAGAAAUGUGAUCCUGAAGCAAAGUGCCACCAUGAGAAAUGUGACAUUUCAAUGUAAGUGGUUUCAAGGGGAGGAAGGUAUUCCUCUCUUUUUUUCUUCGAGACCUCAUUUUCUGAGGCUCAACUAAAUGACUGUAGAACCUCUUUGGCAGAGGCCUGUUCACUGCUUGCUGGACAGAAAUACUGGAACUGUUUGCCCUGGUGUGCUAGUGUGGUUAUGCAUAGUCACAUUUUCUAAGCUUUUUUUUUUUUGUCCUUUGUAGUUUCAUGUUCCCUUGCACUAGGGGAAAAAAUGGAAGACAAAGAAAGUGACUACCAAGGCUAUUUUUUAACAUCUUCUAGCUGUUCUCAAAAUCAAGCAGGUUCUCAGCUGAGCCCUGACAUCUGUGCAGAGCUGGACCUGUGGGUGGCUUAAAGCCAUGCAAUUCUUACGUGCAUGUCACUCUGAACUCAUAUAUUUUGGAUAUACUACAUUGGCUUGUUCUUUGUUAUUUCUGGAGAAGUUGUUCAAAGCAUUUGGCUCUGAAAGCUCAGACUCCAACUUCAACUUUGCUGUGUAACUUCAUGUGACAUAAGCCAAGUGCUCAGUCCUCCCAACACUGUUAAAAUGAGAAUGGAGAUACUAAUUUCUGUCUCAGUGGUUGGGGUUUAAACAAGAUUGUGCAUGGAGACAGUUGAGGUGCACACAGAUAUCUGAGUGGAGGUCCUGUAGAUCUCUGAAGUCUUUGCACUUGAGGUAUGGGAAUAAUAAGAGGUUAAGGGAGGAGGAGGUAGAGCAUGGAAAUGUGUAUGGGAAUGUGACUGUAUGAGAAUCUUCUUCUGGGAUUAGAACCCCAACUUACAGUUUACACUGACUGAGGAAGAGAAGCAGCUUCUAUGUGUUACACAUGCCAUCAGGACUCAUCUUCUGUGGGACAGACUCCUCUCUUCAUAUGCUGCCUGAAGACACUUAACACCAAACACAUACUCUGGUAUAUUGGAGGUGGAAAGAAGAAAUGACAGUUGGGUAAUGAUGAGCUUGCAAAUCUGUACUCUUUCCAAGUUCAUUUUCAAAGUAGUAUACACUUUUUGUAUCACUUUCCCUCCGAGUGAAAAGAACUGUUUUCUCUUUUAAGGUGUGUUUAACUAGUACUAGAACAUAAAUGGGGCUCACUAGUCUGAGCCACUUAGUUUCAGGACGUAUUUCUGUAGCAGGUAUAAUUUUUAGGCUUUGGAACAUUCAUCUUCAAAUGUAUUUCAUUUGAAGAACUAUAAUAGUCUAUUUCAUUAACAUUCUUUCAGCUGGCUUCCCUGAACAUGUCUUUGAUCUAAUCCCAUGACAGAUGUUGUAGUUGUCCUCCUCCUCCUCCUCUUCUUUUUACGAGCUUAGGUGUAUAGAUAUUCACUAAGGAAUCUAAAUGAUAACUUGGAAGCAUCCUUCCUAGUUUAUUUUAGGUAUUCCGGAGAAGUUGGACUUCAAGGCUAUCUUGUUUUUGUUUUUGUUUUUGUUUUUUUUGUUUUUGUUUUUGUUUUUGUUUUUUGAGACAGGGUUUCUCUGUGCAGCUUUGAAGCCUAUCCUGGCACUCGCUCUGGAGACCAGGCUGGUCUCGAACUCACAGAGAUCUGCCUGCCUCUGCCUCCUUUGUGCUGGGAUUAAAGGUGUGCACCACCAACGCCCGGCUCUCCUACUUGCAUUUAAUGCAGUGAAGUUUAGGGAGUGUUUCUCAUCUCUUACCACUGCUGGCUUCUUAAUCAUUAGAUCUAGAGGCCUUCCUAGGGGGUUAUUUUCUCUGUGGCUAAGACAGAGUUGACUGCUCCAAAUUGUUGCCCAUAACCCCUCCCUUGACAUAAUUCUUUUGUUAGCCUUUGAUGUUUAUGCUCAUUUCUUAACCAUGGUUUUCUUCUACCUGCUUAAAUCUUAACAUUUUGUCAUUAGUUGCUCUCCCAGUCUAUUGUUUCAGAGGAUGGUCUCAUCUGUUCAGUAUUCCAGGCUCCUCCAUCCUUAAUUCUUGCUCCUUGAGAGGAAGGUUGCCACCUCUUCCAUCUUUAAUUCUUGCUCCUUAAGGGGAAGGUUGCCACCUUCUCCAGGAGUACCUGAGGCAGCUGAUAGUGGAGUAUCCCAAGCCUCUCUCUAGCUCAUCUGAUCUCUAGUAUAUUCAAUAACAAAGACGGAUGGGUGCUGCCCAGUCAGCAGAUUGCAAGUUCACUCCAUCCUGUCUUUCUCUAGGACAGUUUGCUCAAAAGUGUGUUGGCCUGGUUGGUGGUGGGAGUACUUAGGGAAGGCUCUGUUGACUCCCGUUUAGGACUGAAGGAUAAAGAUGGAGCAGCAGGGAAGGAACAGAUGAGGAACUGUGAAUAGAAACAUUAGAGGUUAUAAAGAUGCUGGGUCUUUCCAAAUUGAGCUUUGAAGUCAAGAUUUCUAGCAGCAAUUCUCACUGAGGUCAUGCUGAAGACAAGCAGAUGUCUAGUGUGGAAUAGCAAAGCAUCAGAAGUGGUCAGGUGCUUCUGCAAAUGGAGGUGUUUAGGGAACUUGUCUGACAAGACCCGAAGCUUUAGUGCAGAAGUGGUUUAAGACAUUGCUACGAAAAACUAAGGACUUUAGAUAAGCAAGUGAAUGCUUUAAGCAAGAAGACUUUUUAUAACAAUUCUUUAUUAAUUCUUGGGAACGUCACAUCAUGAACCCUAAUCCCCGUCACUCUUUAUCUGCGCCUCACCCACUGCAGUGUCCUUCCCCUAAAAGGACCACCCCCUCCCCUCAAAAAAAUUAAAAGCAAAGCAAACAGAGCCAGUCUGCUCUUCACUAGCCCUGGGGUAGCUGACACUGUCCCUUGCUGGACGUUGCCCCAGAGAGCUGGACCUACCCUUCAAGGGAGAGCUGACCCUGGUACUCAGAGAGAUGGCCCCACCCCUUACCACAGUCAUGAGAGAGCUGGCUCCACACCUCACCUCGCCUGAGGGGUCAGUCCUAGAGGCCCAGAUUGACCAGCCCAGCUGCUACCUAGACCCAUAUCCUGGGCCUUGGGUUGGCCCACCCUAACAUCUACCCCAUCUAUGACCUGCUGGAGCACGUAAAGGGACUUAGUCUUAGGGAACUAGCCACAAGAUCUCCAUGACUCAAGACAACAGCAGGAUAUCCGAGAGUAUUUUCAGUGAGGGUCAAGUGAUGAUGGUGUGCCAGAGGCCUUGAGCCAGACCAAUGACUCAUUGCAAAGAACAUUUGUGGGUGGGACUGGUUAGACAAAAAGGUAUAAUGCCACGACACACCAUAGCUCCCAGUGCUACUAGGACAAAUGAAGAGGUGUUUGCUUUCAGAAGACUUUUUUUUUUUUUUUUUUUUUUUUUUUUUUUUAAGUAACUGAUAAAGGAUUAGUAACCAGAAUGUGUAGAAAUUUUCUACUUGGAAAAAAAUGGAAAGCAUUCUCAUGAGGCUAGUAAAUAAAUAGAUGUUUUGUAGUGAUCAGAUAAUGUGAGAUUCUGCUUUCUGUAACAUUUGCAAGAGUGGGACCCACAGUUCCAGGUGUUAGUCUGUAGGUAGUCACACAUGUUUCCCUCCACUGCUGGAGAGCAGUUACACCUCACAGACAUGAACAUCUACAGAGUGAAUAUGGGCUGAGCUUCAGGUAAUGUUCAGCCAUGUCUUACAUUUUGGUCAUGGCAGUAUAAAUCAUAUUAGUACCUGGGAUGAUUGAAGUCCUGUCUAUGGGAGAAUGGUUUCAUAAGGGACUCUCAGGUACAUGGCGGUGAAAAUGAGUGAAUGACAGCCACACUUGGCAACAUAGGGGCAAAACAAAGUUUCUUGUGACUACUUAAGGCAUGAUACCUAUUAUAUUGAGUUCAAAAGUGUAUGAGACCAAAGGAUAUACAUGGUAGUUAGAUAUGUGAUUAGAAAUUUAUAAAGGAAGUCACAGAAAACUCAAAGUUAAGAUUAAUGAUAGCCUGUGGAAGGAGGAGUAAAAAGGGCCAGAGAAAAGCACACAGGUGAAUUUUGAAAACUGCUUUAGUUCUUAGGAGGGAGGGUUCUAGCUCUUUAUUACAUACAGCAUUUUUGUAUAUUUUAAAUAUGCUAUAUUUAAUGUGUAUUUAAUAUAUUUUAAACAAUAGUGAUAGCCUCAAAUCUGGUAUGGUGACUUUGUAAUGUAUGUAUCAGACACACUUUUGGAAGAAUGGAAGAACAUCUUAGCUAGAAGAGCAGGAAUGAAGGCAGUUGGGCAAGAGGGAUAUAUACACCAAAAUUAUCUUUCAAAGCCUAGGUUUUGGUGGAUGAGUGGGUGGUACCAUAUGCUAAGACAGAUUACAGGAGGGGAGGAGAGGUGAGUUUUGGAAAGAUGGAUACGACUAGACUAAACUGCUGUUUUGGAACCUAAUCCACCUGCUAUGUGUAUUGUAUCUAAAAUAGUGCGUGGUGCUCAGUAACGGUCUGCAGAUAUGAUUCUGUUGUACUUUGAAGUUCUCUAAUGUAAUUUUCAAAGCUAUCUUUUCUUCUGCUUUUUUGGGGGUGGGUGGGAUUGAGACAGGAUUUCCCCACAAAGCCCUUGAGCCUUUGUCCUGGAACUCUCUAUGUAGACCAAGUUGGCCUCGAUCUCAGAGAUCUUCCUGCCUCUGCCUCCUGAGAUCUUAGACAUCAGCAUGUAAUUUUUUGUUCUUAAAUUGAUCAUUUUGCUCUUUUUGCACUUGAAAAUAGUGCUGUACAGUUUUUCUUUGAUAGACCUGAAUAGAACUUAUGUGGGACUAUUUUAUAUCUUCACCUGGAGAAUAACUGGGAGACAUGAUGUGUCUCCAUAAGGUGUGACCUCAGUGCCCACUUGUCUUAAUCAUGGUUGAAAAAUACUUGGUCUGAUAUGUGCAAGGUCCUGGUUAAAACUUCAGCAAUGACAAAACAUUUUCUAACCUGUUACAGUAAAAAUUACUCUUUAACAUGGGCGUGGUGGUGCUCACUUUUAAUCCUAGCCUCUGCAGACUGACCUCUGAAUUCAAGGUCAGGACAGCCAAGGCUACACAGAGAAACCUUAUCUCAAGGGGGGUUGAGGGGUUUCUUUAGAUGUACACAUGAAGAAACACUUUAAGGAUUCCAGGGAAUAAAUAUUAGUAUCAAAAUUAAUCCUUUUCAGGAAAUGUAACAAUUUGUUACGAGAUAGUAGUUUAUCUGAAGCCUUUUUUUCUAAUUAUUAUCAGGUUUCUCCUUCCAUUUUUUCUGGGUGAGUACUGACAUCUGUUUAAAAACUUGAGAAAGCUGAAGUGUGUACAACAAUCUGACAGCAGAUAUGGGUCAGGUAUCUGGUCUGCUUAGUUCUCCAACAGACUUUGAAUGAAUUAAAUGUUGAGUAAAGGGGUUGAAAAAUUGGCUUAGUGGUGAAGAAAGAGCAUUGACUGCUUUUCUAGAGAAUCUGGGUUCAAUUCUCAGCACCCACAUGACAGCUCACAACCAUAUGUAACUCCAGUUCCAGGGGAUCCAGUGCCUUCUUCUGGCCCCUGAGGGCACCAAACAUUCACGUGGUGCACAGACAGGUAUGCAGAUAAAACACCUGUACUUAUAAAAUAAAUUUGUUAAAAAUCUUGGGUAAAGGUUGGAAUCGAUGAAUUUACCAUCCCACCCCCAAGGUGAGCAAAUAUACAGUAGACAGGAGUGAGGAUAUACCUGAAUGACUUAGUUUAUCUCCAUUUUGCAUUGAAUUCUAGGUUGAAUUCUAUUGUAAUUAGAAAAUUUUAAACUGCAAAUGAGUUAGAAGCCAAAUCAUACUUAAUACUGUAUUAUUUCUAACAGGUUAGAUGAGCCCAAGAGAAAGACCCUGUGAAACAUCUUCAUUUAUGGAAAGUAACACUGGGAGAAUCAGAGCAAACCUGAACUUAAACAUUAGACACAGAGACAUGGAACUUGUCCUUCUUGCGAAGGAACUCACAUAUGAGUGUGGCAUGCAAUAGCCAAUUCAGAACCAGAGAUUAAGCAAUCCUGCCAGGCACAAAGUAGGAGCACAAGUGUCUGAGGAGUAAAAUUGUACAGAACUGACCACCAGAAAGCUACUUAGUGUUUUCUUUUUUGGUCAUGUGCAAGACCUGAUGCAUCAUCCAUUAUACACAGGCAAAUCUGGUUUGUCCAUUAAGAGGAGUUUAUCCAAAACUAGGUAUAGUGAUGACUUUUGAGCAUUGCAGCAUUCUUGCAGUAUCUUUUGAGUCGUCAAAGACUCAUUAAAACUGAAAAUAACUUCAGCGUCAAAUAUAUUUUGCCAUGUGAAAGAUUAGCCACCCAAGUGUGAUGAAUAUGAUCUGUCUCUCUUAACUGAAAUAUGGAUUAAGUAAAAUUCUUCCCCAUUGUGUCCCAUAGUUGAGUAUGUCUUCUGUCAUCAUGUGGUAAAAGAAUGAAAACUGAUAUUCUUCAAGCUGGUGACGAAGGCACCAAAGCAAAGCAAAUAGUUUGUCAGGGCAGAUGAACGUACGCUGUGGAACAGUGCUUACAAAAUGAGGGAAAGAGUUGUGGCAGUGGGCUGGUGCAGGGCAUGGCUGAGUCAUUUAACUCCAUUGGCAUUGAGGGGAAAGAAAAGGCUAAUUGUGCAUGAUUGUGUCAGAUUAGCAGGACUAUCUGACUUGAGAAAGCAGAGUAAUUACUAGGUUUUAUUAUGUGAGAAGUGAGGUUUGGUUUUGAAUGUCACCCUAAUUUUUUACUCAGGAUGUAGAAUUGAAGAAGUGAAGAUAUCCGGAUGGUGGAAACAAGAAUGAAUUUUAUGAAGUAUUUAGUAAUUUGACCAGCAAACAUGUAUGGUCCUAUUGGUGAAAAGUAGGACAGAGAAGUGGAGACAAGACAGCCCUAAAAAUAGGGAGAGGGGAAAGAACUUACCUAAGUGUUUCUCCACCAGCAUUAGGGGGAUAAAGCAUGACUUUUGCAAAGAGUAGAAUAUGGGUGCUUACUUCAGUUGGUGGUUUUGCUGUUGCCAACUGCUUUGAUCUUGUGGAUUCAUUUUUGUUGUCUCAAGUUCAAAGGAAAAAAAUUGUAGAUUUGGGUGAGAUCUUGUUGCAGAACAGAUCCAAUAGGAGCAAAGCCAUUUAUAUCAGUCUGCCCUUGCAGCUUCUCUUCCAGAAGGCUCACAUAAGCAGUGGUGUUAUUAGACACAGGACGUGCUGGUUGGCAAAUUUCUUCUGCUGUUACUGUGGCUAAGAUCCUCAAGAGGAUCUGUAUGUGGAUCUGUUCCUACUCAUUCCUUCCUAUGUUCGUUUAUCAAAUAUUUAUUGGUCCAUAUUGUGUAUUAAAGCUGACAUCUACAGUUCAACAGAGUAAAUUUCAUAUGUCUCCUGGAGGGACUGUUCUUUAAAAGUCAGUACUUUAAAAGUACUGACAGUUUAGACAUCAAGCAAGUUAGUUUUCAUAUCUUGUUCUUUAACCUGGUUUGAAGCCAGCAUGCAGUGUCCUCCUGUGAAAAGCACAGUACAGUGACCUGGUAACAUAACUCACGCUGAUAUUAAUCUAACCCUAACCCCAAACCAGGUUAAGUGUGCAUGUGUAUGCGUGUAACAUGCCAAACACAUUCAUGGGUGUAGUGAGAUCCCAGUGUUUGGUAGGCUAACAUGCACAUCCAUAGACUGUUCUGUGUCUCAGAAGAAAAGGUCUGUGGCCAGCCAUGAGCAUAAAAAUGAUGCAGAAUUGCUUCAUGAAUGCUGAUGCAGGAGUAGCUGUCAGGUUUCCCUCUUCUUAUCUCAUCAUGGAUCUUGGGAACAGAAGUGCCUAGGCAUCUCCCCUGCAGAUUACCAAGCUGUGUUUCUGAGGAGUACUGAUGGAUAAACAUCUGCCUUCUGAAGACAACCAACGUCUUCAACACAACUGUCUCGAGGUCUCCAAAUACAGUAUACCUCCCUCCCCUCACUGUAAGAUAGACAUCCCUUCUGUGUCCCUCCAUUUUUACUCCCAACAGCAUACUUUCUGAGCAUUAUGCAACUUGAAUGGAGUUAAUAAUUUCACAUUAGCAUAAGGUUUUUUUCUUCUUCUUAAUCUCUGGGGUUGGAGAGAGUGCUUGGAUGUUGGUUCCAAGUACCUGUAUGAAGCAGCUUGCCAUUGCCUGUAAGUCUUGCUCCAGAGGAUCUGAUGCUCUUUUGGCUUCUGCAGGCACUUGCACACAUGUGGUAUGUAUGCAUACAAUGUACUACACACACAAGUAAAAAUAAAAGUAAAUCGUGAAAAAAAUCUUUAAAACCUCUCAACUCACUUUAGAAUUACUUUUCAUUAAGUGUUUUUGAUGUGUAAAACCUAUAGAAAGACUAUUACAUUAAAUCAUUAUAACCUUACAUGUCUCUUACUAUCUGUUGUAAUUUGAAUGUCUCUCCUAAAUUCCACGUUGACAUUUACUUGUUGUUAUAGCAGUAUUAACAGGGUGGAGAUAGUGAGGCAUAGUGGAAUCCCUGUACUUUGGAGACUGUGCUAGAAGAAUGUCAUAAAUUUUAUUGAGGUUAGCCUGAGCUACAAAGUGAGACACAGUCUCAAAGGGAAAAGAAGUAAUUUGGCCAUGAGACUCCACUGUCACAAAUGGAUGAAUGUUGUGAUCAAAGGAUCCAGUUAUCUCAGAAGUGGAUUCCUGACAUUUUGUGAUGCUUAUUAGCUAAGAGCGUUGCCUAAAGGUUGUGUGGCUUGGGUUCUGGGAGAGUCCUGGGUCAGAUUUGUGUUGUGUGUUCUUAGGAGAUAUGUGUAUAAUUAGCUACAGUAUAUAAUAAUAUUCCAUGUCACAUAGGCCUCCUCCUGCCAUGCCUCUAACAGUAGCUUACUGGUUGACCAUGGGCAGCUUACAAGGCUCUGAAUGUAGAUUCAGUUUCUCCAUCUGAAAGGGGAGAUAGGAAAGGGUAGAAUCAUAUGCAGGAACCUUUACUGGCACAUGACUUAAAAACACAAAAGUUUCCUAACUAAAAACAAUGAUGAAGAUCUUCAGGAAUUGUUUAAUCUUUUCAAUUAUUUUGUAAAGCAGUGCUUUUAAAAUAGUUAUUUUAAUGUCUUUCUCAAUUAUUUUUAGUUAUUACUGGCUUAGGGGGUGUCUUUAGAAAAUUUUUCCAAUCAAAACUUUUCUUCAUAAUGUAUUUUAGAAACAUUUAUUUAUUAUUUAAAGGUUUAAUACAUGUAUGUACUGAAUUUUGAUCAUUUCACUCCCAUUAUUCACUGUUACCACCCUUUCUCUACCACUGAAGCCCUUCACAGUAAAUCUCAUCUUACUUUGA